GCAGAGGAUUAGCUCGAAAAUACGCACUUCCCAUAAACCGUAAUUCACGCACUUGUGUGAACUCAUGCAGCCCAGGGCUGAGCUCUUCCUCUCGACGAAAACCUAGGAGCUCUUACUGUACACUCCCAUGUUAUCAAUUGGUCAACCAAUUGACAAAAAUCGGUGACACAUUGUAAGCUACUUAUCGUUUAAUUCCGACGUAUCCGCCUUUGCUGUAUGGAUAACUAGAUAACUAGCUUGUUAUUCUGUUAUUUUUAAGGAAAUAGUAAGCUAACGUUAGCCAAGUUAGCUAUGGAUUUCAACGUCAAAAGAUUUGCAGCAGACGCCGGUACUUUCCUUAGUCGUGCAGUACAGUUCACAGAAGAAAAGCUGGGGCAAGCUGAAAAGACAGAGUUGGAUGCCCAUUUGGAGAAUCUUCUUGGCAGAGCAGAAUGCACCAAACAUUGGACAGAAAAAAUAAUGAAACAGACUGAAGUAUUACUACAGCCUAACCCAAAUGUCAGAAUAGAGGAAUUUUUGUACGAGAAGCUGGAGAAAAAAGCUCCAACACGAAUGAACAACCAUGAGCUGCUGGGCCAGUCCAUGAUCGACUCGGGGAACGAGUUUGGGCCUGGAACCGCCUAUGGAAAUGCGCUUAUAAAAUGUGGGGAGACAGAGAAACAGAUUGGAGGUGCAGAGCGAGAGUUAAUUCAGAGCUCGGCUAUAAAUUUUCUCACACCUUUCCGGAACUUUCUGGAAGGGGACUUCAAAACUAUUUUGAAAGAACGGAAGCUCUUGCAGAACAAGCGUCUGGACCUGGAUGCUGCCAAGACCAGGCUGAAGAAAGCCAGGGUGGCUGAUGCCAGGGCUGCGCAACUAAACAGCUCUCCUCCGCCAGGAGAUGUUGACUAUGCGGUACAUUUCUCUUACAUGCUCAACUUCCUGCAUGUGAAAUGGCUGAAGAUGUGGACGGAGGAGCUGAAAAAGGCGGAGCAGGAGCUGAGGAUAACGCAGAGCGAGUUUGACCGGCAGGCAGAGAUCACCAGGCUCCUGCUGGAGGGGGUCAGCAGCACUCACGCACACCACCUGCGCUGCUUGACCGAUUUUGUGGAAGCCCAGACCACGUACUAUGCACAGUGCUACCAGUACAUGGUGGACCUGCAGAAACAGCUGGGAAGCUUCCCCUCCACCUUCUCCUCCAACAACAACCAGUCGUCGGGCAGCGCGGGGGCCGGCAGCGCGGGGGCCAGCAUCUCCGUGCCCAGCAUCCCCCUGUCGGCCUCACUGCCGGCCCCGGUCGCCGGGCGGGCCUCCUCGGGCUUCAGCGAGCUGCGCAACUCCAGCGGCAGCCGCAAGGCCCGGGUGCUGUACGACUACGACGCCGCCGGGAGCAGCGAGCUGUCCCUGCUGGCGGACGAGGUGAUCAUGGUGUCCAGUGUCCCGGGAAUGGACUCUGAUUGGUUGAUGGGCGAACGGGGGAGCCAGAAGGGAAAAGUGCCUAUCACCUAUCUGGAGCUGCUGAACUGAGUUCUAUGUAGGCUCGAUGGAAAAAGCAAAAAUGUAUUCCAGCUGUGAUUUCCAUAUUUAUACAGUUAAGCAGUUAACUAUGUAUGAUGUGCUUUGGAGUCUUCCACACUGCCAUGUCUUACGGACGGCUCCCCCACCAGUCCUUUGUGAUGUGUGGUCAUGUGGCCAAAAGCUGCCAUGCCAACGACCACAGCCACUCAAGACCUUCAAGAGCUUACAACGGCUUUCAACAUUUAUGUUCCAGCCUUUUAACGUAUUUGACUAACUCAAGACCGUGGCCGUUGUGCUCAAGUGCUUCGAUUACAUUUCACCGUCGGUCGCUUCUGUUUAUAUCUUUUUACUUUUUACAGCCUUAUUAAUGUGUACAAAGAGCACUCAAACAUUGAUUUUUAAGUUGAAGAUCACUUUAACUUUCCUUUUUAUGCAAUGCUAAGAGCUUGUUUUUGAUAGUGCCACGAGGUCUUGAUUUGUCCUUUCAGAGAGGAUAUUGGGUUUUGGGGUCAUAUGAACUGUCAGUUGUCUCUCCCUUUCAUGAUUCUCUCCCAUAGAAUUGUAUAAGAACAGUUCUGUGUGUUCUCACCAGAGGAACCUCGAGGAUAACAAAACUGGGUGAAGAGUAUUCCAAUACAUAUCAUUAGAUCAAGAAGUCAAAACUAAAAUUUAGUAAAGACGUGGGCAUGGUAUGCAUGCUUCAGACAUUGUCCUCAUUUUACCUGUGUACGAUUUCCUCGUGGAACUUAUGGGGUCCAGUGAUAAGUGCCAGUGAGAAAAUGGUUAUCUCAAAGAUGUCUGAGAAAAUGGGGUUUCUGUGAACAAGUCUAAGCUUAUAAAAGCUGCCCCACAACGCUACCCUUUUUAGACUGAGUUAGGGAGUGAUGUUUUCACCGUUGGCCUUACCUACAAGAGAGCACAUUUCCCCUGCCAAAUACUUUUCAAAUGUUUUACCUAGAGAGGACCUGUAAAGAGUUUAACUAAUUGUUAGUUUACUGCUUAGGAGUUGUUUAUGCAAUAUAUUGAUGUGUAACAGUGCCUUAAAAUGAGAAUUGAAGCAAAAGGUUGCAACUGAAUUGUGUGGCUCAACACUAGUUUCACUUCUAAGAUCUGAACAGUGUUUUUACUUCCCUGCUCUUCACUCGCCACAUUUGUGAAGAGGAGCUGGAUUUACUCUAAGAACCAGGUUAAUUCUGCCUUCCUGACGUCUGUUCAGUUAUUAUGGAAAUGUUAAGAACGUAUGCAUUCUGAUGUAUUAAAAGAAAAGAUGUA